GGAACUGACCAUAUACCCCGCAUCUCUGGAAAUUGCGACCUUCAACUUUCCGCCUCCGUCUCCCAAACAAACCUGAUUUCUCGCUUUCACUGGUUGAUUUUUCAACUUUCAUUUUUUUCUUUCUGCCGGACAGAGGUCGAAAUUAUUCGAUCUCUGUCGCUUUGAUUACCCAGAUGCCGGAUAUUGAACCGGAAAUUGAGAAUGAGAACUCCGACAACAAGACCACCUUGUUCGGCAAGUACGAAAUGGGCAAGCUUCUUGGUUGCGGGGCCUUCGCCAAGGUCUACCACGCUCGCGAUGUCCGAUCGGGACAGAGCGUCGCCGUCAAGAUAAUUAACAAGAAGCGGGUGGCCAGUGCCAGUCUAAUGUCCAACAUCAAGCGCGAAAUUUCCAUCAUGCGGCGGCUCACCCAUCCCAACAUAGUCAAGCUCCACGAGGUGCUUGCUACGAAAUCGAAGAUUUACUUUGUUAUGGAGUUUGUCAAGGGCGGCGAGCUCUUCAACAAGGUCGCCAAAGGCCGUCUGACGGAGGAUAUCAGCCGUCGGUACUUCCAGCAGCUUAUCUCCGCCGUCGGUUAUUGCCACGCGCGUGGCGUCUUCCACCGCGACCUCAAGCCGGAAAACCUCCUCGUUGACGAGAACGGAAAUCUCAAGGUCUCGGACUUUGGACUCAGUGCUCUUUCCGAUCAAAUCCAACCGGAUGGUCUCCUCCACACACUCUGCGGCACGCCGGCUUAUGUGGCACCGGAGAUUCUCGGAAAAAAAGGAUACGACGGUGCUAAGGUUGAUAUCUGGUCAUGCGGCGUCAUCCUCUUCGUCCUAAACGCCGGGUAUUUGCCCUUCAACGAUCCGAACCUCAUGGCAAUGUACAAGAAGAUCUAUAAGGGCGAGUACCGGUUCCCCAAGUGGAUGUCUCAAGAUCUCAAGCGCUUAAUCUCUCGUCUUCUCGAUACGAAUCCCGAAACCCGGAUUACCAUCGACGAGAUUCUCAAGGACCCAUGGUUCAAAAAAGGCUACAAGCCGACCAAAUUCUACGACGAAGCAACCAAGCUGGACGAAAAAGACGAAGCCGAGAGCGUAUCCAGACUUAACGCUUUCGAUCUCAUCUCGUUCUCGUCCGGAUUGAAUCUCUCCGGUCUGUUCGACGCGUCUUCGGUAGACGAGGGAGAGCGAUUCCUGUCGGCCGAUCCGCCGGAGAAGCUGAUGGAGACGGUGGAGCGGGUCGCCAAGGCCCAGAAAUUGAGAGUGAGGAAGAAAAAAGAUUUGGGCGUAAUAGUGGAGGGGCAGAACGGUGAUUUGGUAUUCGGGAUGGACGUUCACCGGUUAACGGAGGAGCUGGUCGUGGUGGAGGUAAAGAGAAAAGGCGGUGAUAGCAGUUCAUAUAAGGAGUUCUGGAGGAACAAGCUUAGAGCGGAGCUGAUGGGGCAACGGGAAUCUCAGGUUGCCAGUAGUGAGUAGCAUCCAGUCUCUUGUUUGAUGGUGUGGAAGACUUGCUGGCAAAAUGAGCCGAAUUGUCAAUGAACAGAUCCGGGUCGGGUACCGGUGGUGAUUAAUUUUAAUUAAAUAAUGAUAAUUACCAUAAUAAUUAUCAGCUUAUAUAAUUAAGUUGAUCAAAAGAAAAGAAAAAAAUGAGUCUGUACUUUAAUUUGUGUUGUGGAAUAAAGAAGUGAAAAAUCUAUUUGAGGUAUGAGGAGGAGUAAACGGGUUUUUGCUUAGAUAGCCCGGUUUCAUACCAUUAGAGAUUUUUUGUAUCUGUACAUACGACUUUGACAUCCAAACAACGCAAAAGCAAUAUAUAUUUUCUCA